AUGGAAAUGGAAUUGACCCAAUUGACGAAUAAACAAGAAAGCAACAAUCUCGACGGCCUGAAAGGCGGAUUCAUGGCGAUGGACCAGUUCGUUCCGAAUGAUUGGAACUUCGAUUACUUACGUUUCAACAGUCCCCUCGUGGAAACCGACAACGUUGAUCAUCCUUGUUCUUCUUUGAUGAAUCUAAUCUCUCAGCCACCUCCAUUGCUUCACCAACCACCACAACCUUUGUCACCUCCUCCUCCUCCUUCUUCGCCUCUCUCCUCCGCUUUCGAGUAUCCUUUUCUCGAAGAUAUCAUAGACUCCUCUUACUAUCCUCCUCCAUUGCUUCUUCCGACUUCACAAGAGAACAACAACAACGUUUAUGCACCAUUGAUGGUGGAAAGCAAGAGCUUCGUGAGCACCGGAGUGAUGACUAACAAGAAAAAGAGUAUUAAGAAACUUGGAGGCCAACCUUCGAAGAAUCUCAUGGCGGAGAGACGGCGGAGGAAGCGGUUAAACGACCGACUCUCCAUGCUCCGAUCCAUUGUCCCCAAAAUCACCAAGAUGGAUAGGACAACGAUACUAGGGGAUGCCAUAGAUUACAUGAAGGAGCUUUUAGACAAGAUUAACAAGUUGCAAGAAGACGACCAAGAACUUGGAAGCAACUCUCAUCUAAAUACCCUCAUUACAGACGAAUCUUUGGUCAGAAACUCCCUUAAGUUUGAAGUGGAACAAAGGGAAGUUGAUACGCAUAUUAAAAUAUGUUGUUCUACAAAACCGGGAUUGCUUCUAUCAACGGUUACUACAUUGGAGACUCUAGGCUUAGAGAUUCAACAAUGUGUCAUUAGCUGCUUCAGUGACUUCUCAUUGCAGGCUUCUUGUUCUGAGGUUGCUGAGCAGAGGGACUUUGUUACUUCGGAAGAUACAAAGCAAGCACUGAUCAGAAACGCAGGGUAUGGAGGAAGAUGUUUGUAGAAAGUUUCAUAAUUGCAUGCAAUGAUGUAAUAACGACAAUCUUGUCCCGUUGUUUUAGACUCUCCUGUGAAGGGUAUAUGAUACUAGUUCUUAAAGGACUUAAUCCUCCUAUUCAUAUUAGUGCUACAUAGAGUUAAUCAGU